GUAAAUAAGCAUCUCUAGGCAGACGGGUUCCCUUCGCGCCACACCUUUUUCCGUGUCAAAUUGUAACGAUGCUUCUCAGCAAACAAUUCGCUGGGCCCCGGCUUUCUGCUCGGCCAAGCAGGCGACAGACGAUGCUGCCGCGCUGCGCGCACAGUCCUGACGCGGGCAUGUCAGAUGAGCACAAGCGCAAGGCCGAGGUCCGCUCCUGGAUUAACGCCUGGCGUGCCCGCUCCGGCCUGGCGCCUAUGACCUCCAGCGCGGUGUCCAUCCGGGGCGUGGUGCCUCAGGCCUCGGCCGGCGACUCCGCCACGCCCGCCGCGAAGCCGGCGUUCCUGUCCGACAUCGGUGACUACGUCAAGCUGGUCACCGGCCUGGCCUCGCUGUAUGCUCUGGACAUGGCCAUUAAGAAGGCCUUCAUGGCGGCGGGCAUUGUGUUCCCCAGCGCCCUGGGCGGCAUGUUCGGUGUGGUGGUGCUGCUGCUGGCGGUGGGCGACAAGGCCGCGGACGGCAUCCUGUCCUUCUACUCGCCGGCGCUCAACUGGAUCGCCAAGUGGCUGCCGCUCUUCUACGUGGCCAGCCUGGUCACACUGCCGCUGGCGCUCAAGGGCAUCGCGGGCUCUGAGCUGAUCAAGAUCAUGGUCAUCCUGAGCGUGGGCAUGUGCGCCACCCUGCUGUUCACGGCCCAGGUGACCGUCUUCAUCCGCGAGCUGGUCAAGACCGAGAACAAGGAGAUCGCCAAGGCCAAGCCCGCCUCGCCCUUCCUGUCCGCCCACUUUGUCGCCUGGGGUUCCGUGGCGGUGGCCUCGCUGGCGGCCACGGCGGUGGGCGGCGCCGGCAGCGCGCUGGGCGCCCAGAUGGCGCUGCCGUUCGGUCUGGCGGCCACUGUGGGCGGCUACCUGCUGGGCAACGCCGUGCCCAAGACGCUGCAGGGCCUGCUGCACCCGGUGGUGGUGACGGCGCUGGUGGCCAACGCCGGCGCGGCGCUGCACGGCGUUGUGUACGGCGUCAACUACGACGCCGCACUCAAGCUGUACUACAGCAAGGGCGUGGGCGCCAUGGGUGCGGGUGACUUCCUGAUGGCCUUCCUGGGCUGCGUCAUUGUCAGCUUCGGAUUCCGCAUCUACCAGCAGCGCGAGACCAUGAAGCGGCACUACCCCGAGAUCCUGGGCGCCACCUUCCUGUCCGCGUUGUUCAGCUUCUUCUCCACCGCCUUCGCGGCCAAGGCGCUGGCGCUCAACCCGGACCUUGCUCGCGCGCUCAUUCCUCGCUCGGUGACUGUGGCGCUGGCGCUGCCCAUCGCCACGCAGCUGGACGCGCCUCUGUCCAUCACCGCCGCCGCGGUGCUGCUGCAAGGCCUGCUGGGCGCCAACUUCGGCCCCAACCUCAUGUCGGCCGUCGGCAUCAAGGAUACCAUCGCCCGUGGCCUGGCGGCGGCCGGCACUGCCGGUGGCCUGGGCACUGCCUCGCUCACGUCCAAAGAGCCCGAGGCGCUGCCCUUCUGCGCCCUGAGCUACAGCCUGGUGGGCAUCCUGUCCACCUUCCUGGCCGCCACACCGCUGGUGCGCAACGCGCUGCUCGGCAUCGUCGGGUAGAGAGGCGGAGGCGGCGGCAGCAGAGGCGGGCAGUGGCCAGGCGGCGCAGGCCAGGCGGUUGGUUUGCCGCGCGGUGUGAUGGGGGUAAGGAUGCGGCAGCACUAGCAGCAGGCAGCUAGGAAGCUGGUAAGGAGGCUGAGGCGGGGCGGCAGCGGGGCGCGUGCCCGGCCGGGGGCUGGGCUGCAGCCAGCGGGCCUGUGGGCGGGCGCUGGCAGCUCGGGUGCACUCGGAAGGUGCAGCAUGACACCCAGCCCCUGUAGCCGUGAGCUGCGGCGCCCCCCUCAGCAUGGGUACACUUGGGACGGGGCAUUGUGGAGGGCGACAGGCGGCAGGGCGGCAAGUGGUAGCGGAUGGAGGAUGCGUAUGGUAAUCAGGAUAAGGCGGGCGGCUGGAAGGUCCGUAGGUGUGACGCGAUGGACAGCAGAACCCCUGAUGGACAGACCAAUGCGUAAGGACGCAAUGGGCAAAUGGCGACUAUCUUGCUGGUGUGCAAAGGGGUCGGCUCCGGGUGGAUUAGUGGUGACGUGAGCGGCGGCGAGGGGCGGCUGGGCGGAGUUGGAGUCGGCGGGGUAGAGCCACGCCUGGAGGAGGAGAGAUGAGUGUGCCGGCGUAUGCAGUACGUACGAACAUGCUCUAGCUGUGUGAUGCCUCAGAUUUGAGGGACGCAGGCACGCGCCCGGCGCAGCCACGGGUGGGAACCACACACAUCGGGA